UGGGAGGCGGGCCUUCCGGCGGGCGCUCCCUCCCGGCUCCGGCGGUGGCUCACGGCUGAGGGAAGCGAGCGGGCGGCGCCGAGAUGAUUAAGAAGUUCGACAAGAAGGACGAGGAGACCGGUAGUGGCUCCAAUCCCUUUCAGCAUUUGGAGAAGAGUGCUGUCCUUCAAGAGGCUCGCAUCUUUAAUGAGACUCCCAUAAAUCCACGAAGAUGUCUGCAUAUACUUACCAAGAUCCUUUACUUACUGAACCAGGGUGAACAUUUCGGAACUACUGAAGCCACAGAAGCAUUCUUUGCAAUGACCAGAUUAUUUCAGUCUAAUGAUCAAACCUUAAGAAGAAUGUGCUACCUUACUAUCAAAGAGAUGGCCAACAUUUCUGAGGAUGUCAUCAUUGUCACCAGCAGUUUGACCAAAGACAUGACUGGGAAGGAAGAUGUAUACCGAGGCCCGGCCAUUAGAGCUCUCUGCAGAAUCACUGAUGGUACAAUGUUGCAGGCCAUUGAGAGGUACAUGAAGCAGGCCAUUGUGGAUAAAGUCCCCAGUGUAUCGAGUUCGGCUCUAGUAUCUUCCUUACACAUGAUGAAGAUAAGUUAUGAUGUGGUCAAACGGUGGAUCAACGAAGCCCAAGAAGCUGCUUCUAGUGACAACAUCAUGGUGCAGUAUCAUGCAUUGGGGCUGCUUUACCACCUCAGGAAGAAUGAUCGCCUUGCAGUUUCCAAGAUGCUGAAUAAAUUCACCAAAUCUGGACUGAAAUCUCAAUUUGCAUACUGCAUGCUGAUCCGAAUUGCCAGCCGGCUUCUGAAAGAGUCUGAAGAGGGGCACGAAAGUCCAUUGUUUGACUUCAUUGAGAGCUGCCUGCGAAAUAAACAUGAGAUGGUUAUUUAUGAAGCUGCCUCUGCAAUCAUCCAUCUUCCAAACUGCACACCAAGGGAGCUGGCUCCAGCUGUGUCAGUGUUGCAGCUCUUCUGUAGUUCUCCCAAACCUGUCUUGAGAUAUGCAGCUGUAAGGACCCUUAACAAGGUGGCCAUGAAGCACCCAUCCGCAGUAACUGCCUGCAACCUGGACCUGGAAAACCUGAUUACUGACUCAAACCGCAGCAUCGCUACUCUGGCCAUCACCACACUCCUGAAAACAGGGAGCGAGAGCAGCGUAGACAGGCUCAUGAAACAGAUCUCCUCCUUUGUGUCAGAAAUAUCAGAUGAGUUUAAGGUGGUGGUAGUGCAGGCCAUCAGUGCUCUGUGCCAGAAAUACCCACGGAAACACACUGUAAUGAUGACCUUCCUCUCCAACAUGCUCAGGGAUGAUGGUGGCUUUGAGUACAAGCGAGCCAUUGUGGACUGUAUAAUCAGCAUUAUCGAGGAGAAUCCUGAGAGUAAGGAAUCGGGCUUGGCUCACCUCUGUGAGUUCAUUGAAGAUUGUGAACACACUGUUCUAGCCACAAAGAUACUCCACCUGUUGGGCAAAGAAGGGCCAAGGACCCCAUCUCCAUCCAAGUACAUCCGCUUCAUCUUCAACAGGGUAGUUCUGGAGAACGAAGCAGUGAGAGCUGCUGCUGUGAGUGCAUUAGCGAAGUUUGGGGCCCAGAAUGAGAGCCUUCUUCCAAGCAUCCUGGUGCUUUUGCAGAGGUGUAUGAUGGACAGCGAUGACGAAGUUCGUGACAGAGCAACAUUCUACCUAAACGUGCUGCAGCAGAGACAGAUUGCACUGAACGCUGCCUAUAUCUUUAAUGGGUUGACAGUCUCCGUUCCUGGGAUGGAGAAGGCCCUGCACCAGUACACACUGGAGCCUUCUGACAAGCCUUUUGACAUGAAGACAGUUCCAUUAGCUACUGCACCAAUCUUUGAACAGAAAGCAGAAAUUGCACUAGUGGCCAGCAAGCCUGAGAAAGUUGCUCCGUCCCGCCACGACAUAUUCCAAGAGCAACUGGCUGCCAUUCCCGAAUUUAAAAGCUUGGGUCCCUUAUUCAAGUCAUCUGAGCCAGUUCAGCUUACAGAGGCAGAAACAGAAUACUUUGUUUGCUGUACAAAGCACGUGUUCACUAAUCAUAUGGUUUUCCAGUUCGACUGCACAAACACCCUAAAUGACCAGUUACUAGAGAGGGUCACUGUGCAGAUGGAACCGUCGGAUGCUUACGAUGUGAUUCGCUCUAUCCCAGCAGCCAGUCUUUCUUACAACCAGCCGGGCAUGUGUUACACUCUCGUCCGACUGCCCCAGGAUGAUCCCACUGCAGUCGCUUGUACUUUCAGCUGCACAAUGAAAUUUACAGUCCGAGAUUGCAACCCAAACACAGGGGUGCCAGAGGAUGAUGGCUAUGACGAUGAAUAUGUGCUGGAAGAUCUGGAGGUAACCGUGUCAGAUCAUAUUCAGAAGGUCCUAAAGCCCAACUUCGCAGCUGCCUGGGAGGAAGUAGGCGAUGACUUUGAGAAAGAGGAAACCUUUGCUCUCAGUUCAAUUAAAACCCUUGAUGAAGCUGUCGGUAACAUCAUCAAGUUCCUGGGCAUGCAGCCAUGUGAGAGGUCCGAUAAAGUGCCAGAGAACAAAAAUUCCCACACGCUGUAUCUAGCUGGUGUGUACAGAGGUGGCUAUGAUGUGCUGGUGAGAUCCAGGCUGGCAUUAGGAGAUGGAGUGACCAUGCAGGUGACUGUCAGGAGCAAGGAUGAAACACCAGUAGAUGUCAUCUUAGCCUCUGUAGGCUAAGUCAUGCUAUUUUUAAUAGCUGCAGGGGAAUUUCACCUCAAGGAUCUUCAAACAGCCUGACUCUGUCCUGUCUGACCUUCUGCAUGGAGUUUUUAUUCUUUGUCAUUUUGUAUGAGGUUGCCGUAAUGGCAGCUCUGGCUCAUCUCUGUAACAUACACUUAAUGCUGGGUCUCACCCCCACCCUGGUCAUCAGUUAUAUGUUCCUCUGACUGAUUGCAUCUGUGGACCUUACAAGACUAGGUAGGGGAUAAAAACAAACUGGAAUCAGACUUUUGUCAAAACAGAUUUUUAUUAACAGAAAAUAAACAUUGAUCAUUCCA